CAAUCGCGUUAUGAGACGUCACAUCUCACAUGACCGGAUAUGUCUGAUCGGAUUGGGUUGCGGGACAACAAGCUAGUUCCUUAUUGCUCAUGUGACUUGUGUGUUUGACAUCUCAGAGGAGGUUUGACAGUCAUGUCAAACAGGUACCAGAUAGUGGUGCAGGGCGAGGCCUCAGAGACAGACUCUGAUGAUGAGGUCUACAUCACCUCAAUGCCUGCUCCCCAGACUGCCACAGCUGGAACCAAGGUUCCUGGGGAGGCGUCUGAAACAGACAGUGAGGGUGAAGAGGAGCAGGCAGACCGAACCUCUACAGUGAGCCAGGAGAGCACUCAGAUACUAAGGAGAGACCUGCCUCCACUUAUAGUGGUUAGGGACCAUCCUGAUAUACAGUCAGUAGUGGAGGACCGGCCGAGCCCGACACACAAGUCACACGGUGACACCCUCUUACAGCAGAAGCUGCAGGAGUCUAACAUGCGGCUGUAUACUGACGUGGGACAGACGGUACGGCAGGUUUAUGGCAGUGCCAGUAAAGAGGUGCAAAGUGCGACAGCUCAGCUGAACGCUUCGCAGAGCGCCAUCAUCAACGCCUCGCACAGCAUCCGAUUAAUCCUUGACGACCUGAAGGCCGUGUCCGAGAAGAUCGACAUCAUCACCAGCUGUCAGAUUCUGCCUGAUAUAAAUCUCAAUAAUCCAAAUAAUAACACUGCCCCUGUACCUUAAAGAAACAAACCAGUAUAUGUUUUUAAAUAUAUGUUAUGGAUGGAUGUAUUUUCUCUGAACUUUAGAGUAGGAUUCAAGCUGGAAAGAACAGCAUGUUGGCUUUACUUCAUUGUUUACAAGCAGUGCCUUCACAAAUGAACAGACAUGUAUAUUUAACAGUCACACAAUAUGUAUUUAUUUAUCUAUGAGGAUUCUUUGUCCUGUGUGUAAAGCUUCGGGGAUAUUUCUGCAAAAGAGUAGGAUUCUAGGAAAAGACUGCUUCUAUCAUUUCAUGUUUUGAGAUACAUUUAACAUAGGAAUGUGUAUGUGCUGUAAAUAUUAAUAUAACUCAACACAACCUCUUAAACCACUGUACACUGUUUCACUAUUUUUAAGUCACAACAUUUGCUGUGUGUUGUAUGCUCCUCUGUGACAGGUCAAGGAGGCAGUUCCUUUUUUUUCAGCCUUUUGUGAAAUUAAUUUGUCUCAGUCAUAUAACAUUUUUUUGUCAAGAGUCUGUAAAUGUGUGUGUGCUGGGACACCCUGAUAGCUCACCUGGUAGAGUGGACAGCUCCUGCACUAACAACAUGUCUUCCAUCACCCUUUCAGCUAUUUCCUGUCACUCAGCUGUCUUAUCGAAUAAAUGCUAAAGAAGCCCCCCAAAAAAG